AAAGUUGAAAAUUCAGAUGAGGAGGGAGGACGAAGAUCAAAUCGAACGAGACAGAGGAACAAGGCUUCCCUAUCUAUAUUUACUAUUAUACUUCAGGAUAUCCAUUCUCUUUACAGGGGGUGCCGUAUGAAAAUGAAGUCACUCCCCACCCUGCUUCUCGGAUGCUUGACUCUGUCUUUGGCCAAUCCGAUUGUGGUCACUUAUCCUAAAGACACCCCUCCAUCUGUCCUAGAGGACGCAAUGGAGUCCGUCAUCAGUGCUGGUGGAUAUAUUACUCAUAAGUUUCGUAAGUGCCCAUGA